ACACAUGCCGGCCGCGGCCGGGCCCUUCCGACCUCCAAAGGGCCGCGGAAAAAGGGCAGCAUAUAAGGAGAGCAACACCAACGGCGCACCAGCCCCUCCAUCUCCAUCUCCCUCUCUGACGGCCGGCUUCGAUCGGCGCAGCAUCAGCUACCCCGUUUAGUUCCGAUCCUUCUCCCAUCCCGGCCGUGGCUCGCACGCCUUGACAUCGAUCGACGACUCUGGCCUCCCUCGCUCCUUCCUUCCUCUCCACACCACCAAACCCAGCACGGACGAGGCGACGACACCCGCCGGCCGGCCCACGUAUAAAUUAAAGCAGCUAGCGCGCACUUGCGCGGCCGAUCGAGAGAGGCACACAUCGCUCGACGUGUAGAGGGAGCGAGCGGGCGAGCGAGGGAGGGAGCAAGUUGAUCUAUGGUAUUGAGGGCUUGCGCAAUGGAGGGUGCGGCGGCGGACCGUUUCGUCGGCGUGCCGUACUACGAGUGGCUCAAGCCGCGGUCGUCGUCGCCGUCGUCCUCCUCGUCGACGUCCUCGACGCUCUCGACGCCGUCAUCGUCGUCGGCCGACCACUCGGCCGCCGAUGGCCAGGAGCGCGACGCCAUGAUGUGCCUGCCGCUUCUGGGGAGGCUCGAAGGGAGGGCGACGACUCCUGAUCGCGGACCAGUCCCCGUCAAGCAGGAAGAGCUGGCGAUGAGCGAUAUCACUGCUGCUACCACCACCGGCGGCGCCGCCGGUGGUGCCGUUAUUGACCUGAACAUCGGCCUGCCGGCGAUCGGCGGCUAUAGCUCCGAGGAGGCGCCCAUGGGCGAGGAAGACGAAGAUGAGGAGGAGGAUUACGAGGAGGAGGAAGAGGAGGAGAAGCCAAGGAAGCAUGACAAGUGCAAGGAGGAGGAAGCGGGAGAUCACCACGCGAACAGUACGGAGAUGGCCGUGGAGUCCGUCGAGGGAGCAGAGCCGGACUACCUCCGUGUGGACGGGGAGGAUGGCGUCAGGGGCUUCAUGGACAGCCGCGGGCGGCGGUUCUGGAUCCCGACGCCGGCGCAGAUACUCGUCGGCCCCGUGCAGUUCAUCUGUCAGGUGUGCAGCAAGACAUUCAGCAGAUACAACAACAUGCAGAUGCACAUGUGGGGCCACGGGCGCGAGUACCGGAAGGGCCCGGAGUCGCUCAAGGGCACGCAGGCGGCGACGCUGGCACUGCUGAAGCUGCCGUGCUACUGCUGCGCGGCGGGGUGCCGCAACAGCGUGGCGCACCCGCGCGCGCGCCCGCUCAAGGACUUCCGCACGCUGCAGACGCACUACAAGCGCAAGCACGGCGACAAGCGCUUCGGCUGCCGCCGCUGCGGCAAGCCCUUCGCCGUCAAGGGCGACUGGCGCACGCACGAGAAGAACUGCGGCAAGCGCUGGUUCUGCGCCUGCGGCUCCGACUUCAAGCACAAGCGCUCCCUCAACGACCACGUCCGCUCCUUCGGCGGCGGCCACCUCCCCGUCGCGCCCGACCAGCAGGCGGCGGCGGCCGCCGUGCCGCCGCUCAAGCCCAAGGAGCGGAUCAUACGCUUCGACCAGGCGGCGGCGGCGCCGGCGCCGUGGAACGGAGCCCACGCCGCCCAGGCAUGACACUGCAACAAGUUGACAUCUAUCGUCAGCACGCAUAGAGAUCGAUCGAAUUAAUAGAGUUACAUCGAUUGGAACGGAACAGGAUUAUGCAUAUAUACUGCUGCCAGCUCGGAGGCGAGGCGUACAUAGGCAAUAAGACUCUGGAGAUCGAGGUUGCUUUUGGAGGCUGUGAAGUAGAUGAAUUUUCUUCCCAAGGAGACGAGAGCUUCUUCAGAGACUGGGUAUGUCUCUAGACUCUAGCUAUAGCUCAUCAAUUUGCAAGGGAGAAAAUUUCUCAGCUUCACAUGCCGAUAUUUAUUAGGCAACCUUGUAUCAAUGUAUCAUGCAUGCAUGCAUGCAUGAUCUGAUCCUAUGAAAUCUAGUACACGUGUUAAUUAUUAGUUUAACUACAUCCGAUGGAUCAUUAUGUAUUCAAUGGUGUAGCUCAUUCGCAGAAUUAUCGUGUGCUCUCUUAAUUUUAAAUUGAGUUUCAUCAA